GAGCUGCAGGGCGCGGCAGAGGAAGAGGGGGUUGGAGAGGCCGAGGCCGUGGGAGGAGCUUUGGCAGAGGUAGUGGCCGAGGUGACUAUAAUGAGGGGCAUGGGAGCUCUAGUGGCAAGGGGAGUACCAGAAUCGAGGGCACCUGCUGGUACUGCAAGAAGGUCGGGCAUCCUUGGUUUAAGUGCUUCAGCAGGCCGGAGGGAUGGGCACCUCCAGGCAUGAAGCCGCCCAGUGGUGAACGCGCACAAGGUGGCGCUGUGCAAGGCUCAGGUGCACAAGGCAAGCCGAAUGUGGUGCAGGCUGGGAGUGUGGUUGAGCAGAUUGAGGAAGAUGAGAUCGCUCACUGCUACUGGGCACCAAUCCCUGAGCCCAAGACUCGAGAGGAGGCUUUGAAUGGACCAAAUGGGGAGAAGUGGAAGGCGAGUGAGGAUGAGGAGUUCGGGUCCCUAAUUGAGAACGAGACAUGGGACCUGUGUGACUUGCCUCCUGGAAAGAAGGCAAUCACUUCCAAGAUGAUCUACAGGCACAAGUAUGGACCUGAAGGGGAGCUGAUCCGCUACAAGUCUAGGCUUGUGGCACGGGGGUUUCAGCAGACAAAGGGGAAGGACUAUGAUGAGGUGUUUGCUCCUGUGGGGAAAGGAACAACACUGAGGGUGCUGUUGGCGAUAGCUGCACUCCUGGGAUGGAAGAUUCGGCAGAUGGAUAUUGUGACUGCCUUUCUGAAUGGGAUCAUUAUGGAGGAGGUGUACAUGAAGCAGCCAGAGGGGCUGGAUGACGGGAGCGGCAGGGUCUGCAGGCUGAAGAAGGCCAUCUAUGGCCUUAAGCAGGCGCCUCGUGCAUGGUAUCACAAGUUGGAGGAGGCGCUGCUGGCUGGGGGUUUUAAGAAGAGUGAGUGUGACCCCAGCCUGUUCCUGCUGCAGGAGAAGGAUGAAAUCCUCAUGCUCCUGGUGUACGUGAAUGAUAUCCUUCUCUUCUCUGCAUCAACUGCUUUGCUGGACAGCGCAGAGCAGAUGCUGGAGAUGCAGUUCAAGUGCUCCAAGAUGGGUGAGGUGAAGUACUACUUGGGGAUGCAUGUGGAGAGAGAUGUGGAAAAGGGUGUGCUGAGGUUGCACCAAAGGAAGUACUGUGAGGGGCUGGCUGAGAAGUAUGGGCUGCAAGAUGGGGGAAAGCCAGCAACACCACUACCUUUAGGGUUUACUGUGGAGCCAUCAGCAACGGCAGCAGUGGCAAAGGCAACAGCAGGAGGAGAUGCAACUGCACCAACUGAUGGGGUGCUGGAAGCAGUCAAGAAAGUGCAGAAGCAGCAGACACAUGGUGAGGUGCUUGCUGGUGUGGAUGCGAGUGCGGCAUGGGCUAAGGCUUCACCAAGGAGUGGAGAGGCCGAUUGGGAGACAUGGCAUGAGAGGCUGUGUCAUGUGAACUUCCCUAUGCUGCAGAAGUUGGUGAAGGAUGGGAGCCUGAAGGGCUUGGAGGUGAAAGGGGGAGUGAAGGAGAUUGGGAGCUGCCCUACAUGCUUGGAGACCAAGUUCUCCAAGUUCCCCUUCAACAGCACUACAGGACCAGCCAAGACCCCACUUGCACUUGUGCAUAUGGAUGUGGUGGGGCCCACAAGAGCCCCUUCCCUCUCAGGCAGCCGCUAUUUCUUGACAAUUGUGGAUGACCACACUCGGGCAGUGUGGGUUUACCCUUUGAAGAGCAAGGGGGAGGUGGCAGCGGCUGUCCUUAAGGAGUGGAUGCCUAGAGCUCAGAGGGAAUGCGGACACAAGGAUCACAAGGGGUGGCUGCUAUGGGACCUGACCACCCAGAAGUUGACAGUGUCAAGGGAUGUGAAGUUUCUUGAGUCCCUGUACUACAAGGAAUGGAAGCAGCAGCAACAGAAGCUUCCAUCUACACCGCUCAUUGUGGAGGCAGAUGAGGUGCAGCAGCCUUCAAGACAGGUGGAGGUUGCAGUGUCAGAGGAGGAGAUGUCUGGGCAGACAAAGGGGAAGGACUAUGAUGAGGUGUUUGCUCCUGUGGGGAAAGGAACAACACUGAGGGUGCUGUUGGCGAUAGCUGCACUCCUGGGAUGGAAGAUUCGGCAGAUGGAUAUUGUGACUGCCUUUCUGAAUGGGAUCAUUAUGGAGGAGGUGUACAUGAAGCAGCCAGAGGGGCUGGAUGACGGGAGCGGCAGGGUCUGCAGGCUGAAGAAGGCCAUCUAUGGCCUUAAGCAGGCGCCUCGUGCAUGGUAUCACAAGUUGGAGGAGGCGCUGUUGGCUGGGGGUUUCAAGAAGAGUGAGUGUGACCCCAGCCUGUUCCUGCUGCAGGAGAAGGAUGAAAUCCUCAUGCUCUUGGUCAAGAAGCAGAAUGAGGUGGGAUUGUCCUCAUGUGAGACUGAGUACAUGGCCUUACACCAUUGGGUCAAGGAAGUGGUGUGGCUGAGGCGCUUGUUGGAGGAGUUGGGAGUUGGUCAGGAGGAGCCGACAGUUGUGUUCUGUAACAAUGAGUCUGCAGUGAAGCUAGCCAAGAAUGCUUGUCUGCAUGGGCUAACAAAAGUCAUAAGGCCUAAGUGGCAUUGGGUGAGGAGAAUCCUUGAUAAGGAGGUGCGGCUAGAGAUAGUGAAGACCCAUCAGCAGGCAGCAGAUAUUUUCACUAAGCGUCUCGCGGAGGCGGAUCAUUGGAAGGGCAUGAAGCUUGCUGGGAUGAGUGUGCAUUGAGUAUGCAUGCUUGAGAUGUUGGUAUGGUGGAUGAUGGUUGGCAGCCAGAGAGGGAGAUUGUUGUGUGAUGUCAUCAUAUGCUAUCACAUUCUGUCUGCCUCCCAUCUCUUGUUUCAAUUCGUAUGUAUGGUUUGACUCUGU